GAGGCAAGUGUGUGUCUAGUCCCACAGCGCCCUGGCUCGCAGCAGCCCCUGGCUGGGCGAGGGGUGUGAUGUGGGAGUGGGUGGGAAGGGGCAGCGGGCGGGGCCUGCCACGUCACUCGGAGAGUGUGUGUUGGGAAGGAAGGGCAGAGCCGAGAGCCGAGCCGCUGCAGCUGCGGCGGCUGCAGCGAAGGCUUGAGCCUGGGGAGGUGGGUCCCCGCGCUCCGGCGCCGGGGCAGCCCCAGGGGCCCUUUCCGAGGCCUGCGGCGUGGCUCCUAGGGAGGAGGUGACAGCUGUGGCGGCUGGAACCGCGACCUUGGCCAGACCGAUCUCCGCGGUGGACGUGGGGCGGAGGCCGAGCCGCGCCAGGAGUCUCCGGCGAGCCGAAGGGAGGCGCAUCUGGCGCCGCGGUACCAGCGGCAGCCCAGGGGCUUGCGCUGCUGGAGGAGCGCGGUGGGAGCCGGGAAGAGCUGGCCGGGCUGGAGGCUGACCCCUGCGUCCGGGAGCCCAGUCCCGGGCACGGCUGGGCGAAGCCACGCGUCUUCUCAGACAGCCAGUUUCACACGCGCCAGUUGCGGUUCCGGGCAUCCCAGUAAGCUCUAACAGCGAGGCGCGGGCGGCUGGAAGCGCAGAGCCAGACCCUCGGCGUCCAGCUCACCUCCCCAGACCAAGCCUAGCAGGGACCAGGGCUUCAGGGCUCACCGACCCCAGCGCCAGGUCAGACCGCGAGCCCCACCCUAAAGAGAGGGCACGGCCGGGAGCUGAGAAGCGGGCGCCGCGCUCCAGAGGUUGUGUCGUGGGCGCCGUCCUAGUGGCGGGGAGCGCACCGCGGAGGGGACAUGAGAUCGGAGAAAUCCCUUACGCUGGCGGCACCGGGGGAGGUCCGUGGGCCGGAGGGGGAGCAACAGGAUGCGGGAGACUUCCCGGAGGCCGGCGGGGGUGGGGGCUGCUGUAGUAGCGAGCGGCUGGUGAUCAACAUCUCCGGGCUGCGCUUUGAGACACAGUUGCGCACCCUGUCGCUGUUUCCCGACACGCUACUUGGAGACCCUGGCCGCCGAGUCCGCUUCUUCGACCCCCUGCGGAACGAGUACUUCUUCGAUCGCAACCGGCCCAGCUUCGACGCCAUCCUCUACUACUACCAGUCGGGGGGCCGCCUGCGGAGGCCGGUCAACGUGCCCCUGGACAUCUUCCUGGAGGAGAUUCGCUUCUACCAACUGGGCGACGAGGCCCUGGCGGCCUUCCGGGAGGACGAGGGCUGCUUACCUGAAGGUGGGGAGGACGAGAAGCCGUUGCCGUCGCAGCCCUUCCAGCGCCAGGUGUGGCUCCUCUUUGAGUAUCCGGAGAGCUCUGGGCCCGCCAGGGGCAUCGCCAUCGUUUCGGUGUUGGUCAUUCUCAUCUCCAUCGUCAUCUUUUGCCUGGAGACCUUGCCCCAGUUCCGGGCAGACGGUCGAGGUGGAAGCAACGGUGACGGUGUGAGCCGCGUCUCCCCGGUUUCCAGGGGCAGUCAGGAGGAAGAGGAGGAUGAAGAUGAUUCCUAUACAUUCCACCCUGGCAUCUCCUCUGGGGGAAUGGGGACAGGGGGCUCACCCUCACUCAGUACUCUGGGGGGCUCCUUCUUUACAGACCCCUUCUUUCUGGUGGAGACUCUGUGCAUCGUCUGGUUCACCUUUGAGCUCCUGGUGCGCUUCUCCGCCUGCCCCAGCAAGCCCGCUUUUUUCCGCAACAUCAUGAACAUCAUUGACUUGGUGGCCAUCUUCCCCUACUUCAUCACCCUGGGUACCGAGCUGGUGCAGCAACAGGAGCAGCAGUCGGCCAGCGGAGGGGGUGGCCAGAACGGGCAGCAGGCCAUGUCCCUGGCCAUCCUCAGAGUGAUCCGCCUGGUCCGGGUGUUCCGCAUCUUCAAGCUCUCCCGCCACUCCAAGGGGCUGCAGAUCCUGGGCAAGACCUUGCAGGCCUCCAUGAGGGAGCUGGGGCUGCUCAUCUUCUUCCUCUUCAUCGGGGUCAUCCUCUUCUCCAGCGCCGUCUACUUCGCGGAGGCUGAUGAUGAUGACUCACUCUUUCCCAGCAUCCCAGAUGCCUUCUGGUGGGCGGUGGUUACAAUGACCACAGUAGGUUACGGGGACAUGUACCCCAUGACAGUGGGGGGCAAGAUCGUGGGCUCCCUGUGCGCCAUCGCAGGGGUCCUCACCAUUGCUCUGCCUGUGCCGGUCAUCGUCUCCAACUUCAACUACUUCUACCACCGGGAGACGGAGCAGGAGGAGCAGGGCCAGUACACCCAUGUCACUUGUGGGCAGCCCACACCGGACCUAAAGGUGACUGACAAUGGACUUGGAAAGCCUGACUUCUCCGAGGCCCCCCGGGAACGGAGACCCAGCUACCUUCCCACACCACAUCGGGCGUUUGGAGAGAAGAGGAUGCUCACCGAGGUUUGAGUGCUGCAGGCAGGGCCUGCAGGAGAAGUGGAGCCCUGAGCAAACAAUCUCUCAGGCUUCCUUCUCAUUCUCAUUACUCUCACGCUGGCUCCAGCUGACUUCUUGACCCCCUCUCCUACUCCCACUACCUGGCAUAAGGACCAAACACCCAGCCUGUCAACUUUGUGGCUCGAUCCCUGCAGCAUUCAAGGUUUAUCCAUCUAAGUGACAUUUUUGAAAUUCCAGUGGUGCCACCCAAUCAUGCCCAUCUUCUGUCAUGUGGAUGACAUAUACAUUUCUGCCUGACCUUUCCUCAAGACUGAUUUUUCACAUCUGGGACUUGUAAUAUCUUUAGGAUGGUGGCAACAUCAACGGGAUGGAAACCAACCAUACCUGGGUCCUGUCUUUCUCCUUAGUGUCCUUUGUUUGGGUCAUACACUGCACUUAGCUUCUGGAAACUUGGUAAUUGGCAGAAGCUGGAGGACAGAAACAAUACUCACCUGGCUGUUUUAGUCUAGUGACCUGUAACACCUGUUGGGCAUCCUACAGAGGACCUGUGGUAGGGCCUUUAUUUGCACAGCCUCAAAAUAGGUUCUUUGUUUCUAAUCCUGGAUGGAAUUAGAGAAAACAAUCAAAUCCGACCAUCUGGAGGACGUGAGGGUCAGUCCCAGACCAGAGGGACCAAUGGAUUCUUCCAGGUGCAUUCCAGCACAGGAGAUACUGGCCUUUGGUCUGCAUUUAGUCCUUCCCACUAUGAUCCCCUGAUUCUCUCUAGCUUCCAGGAAGGUUCCUUCUCAGAGCCAAAUACUCUAUUUGUGUAAGUGCCUUCCUGUGCAGAGGAGCUGGAAGAAAGGAACCACAGAGCUAGGAGGGAUGGCUGAAUGGAGUCAAGCAGCUGGCUUGCCCAGAGACUGAAGCAAGAUGCUGCUUAAACAGGUAUCGUCCUCUGGAAGAGGCAGAGGGGGCUUGUUGCAGAGGCAGCUUUUCCACCCCCAUUUCCCCAGCCCUCACUAGCCCUCCACUCUACUUCCUGGGAAUUUGACUUAGGAUUGCAAACUCCAGCUUAAACCCACAGACAGGUAAAAGCACAAUUGGAUGCCAGCAUGGGUUUCUUCUCAUUUUAUGGGUGUAAAAUAUGUGGUUUAGAGUAAGGAACCAGCAUUAUUCCUUUACCAAAAACCUCACUCUGAGGGUUUUUUGGUUGAGUCAAGCAAACACUCGUCAGCUCUGCCCCUUGGAGCUACACCUGACCUGCUCUCACUGGUAAGAUAAAGUGGUGGUGUUCCCACCUGGGCUAAGCCACCUUCUUCUGUUGUGAAACCACUGCCGUCCCCCACCUCCCCACCUGCCCUCCUUUCUCUCCCAAUCACAUUGCCACUCAUUUUUGCCUUUGAUGAACUGUGAUGUACUGUUCUGAUGUACUCUUCUGGGUGCAGUUCUGAAACCGAAAGGACUGUAAACACGUUUUUAACAUCAUGUCUAUGCUUUGAGACUCUUUCAUGAGAAUUUUUUUUAAAAAAAGAAUUAUUUUGUUGAAGAGCAACUUACAAGGGGACAGUCUUUUGAGAGUUUGCUUGAGAGGCAGUGUGGCUCCUCUGAGUGCCAGAUCUAAAAUCUAGAUUUUGCCACAACUUUACAGGGUAACCUUGGCACCACAGUCCCUCUUUGUGCCUCAGUUUCCCCUCCCAUUAAAUGGAAUCAUUAAUGUCUUCCCCUGCCUACCUCAUGGGGAGUAACAAUGAACUCAUCUGGGAAGCUGGGGAUGAUGCUAUGCAACGCAUGAACUUUGGUAAUGGAUUUGAU